CGGUGUGUUCCGGAUAUGACGCAGGACGCGCCGUAUUUAAACUUGUUUUCAUUAUCACGGAAGUGGAACAGACCGUUUUCACAGGCUGAUGUUGAUAUACCUCCACACUUAGUCGCUCAUUAUUGUUGUCACCUCACUCCAGACAUGGCAACGAAGGGGGCCAAGGAGAGCAUCGUGAAUAAACUGGGCUUUAAAAGCUCCAGCUCCAGGUCAGUGGAGAUAGAGAUGGAGAAACUGAAGAGAGAGAACCAGCAGCUGAAGAAGAGUCUGCAGGACAUGAAGAAACAUCACAACACACAACCAGACUCAGACAAAACCAAGCUCCUGGAGAGGAUCUUGUCUCUGGAGACGCUGAGGGAGAGGAACUCGCAGCAGCUGCUGGAGAAGGAGCAGGAGAUCUCAGGUCUCAGACAGCAGCUGCGCUCCUCUCACGGAGACGUGGUGUCUUCACUGCACACCCAGCUGGAGAAGAAACAACACGAGGCUGAACAGAGAGAGAGACAGCUCCAGGCACUCUCACAGGAGACCCAAGACCUGAAGAACAAGUUCUGCGCUGUUUCUGAGAGGUGUGACACGCUUGAGAAGACACAGCUUCCGUCGGCUGAGCUUGCGGUGCUUCAGGAGCAGCUGCGAGACGCUCUGGAGAAGAACCAUAACUGGCUUGUGUAUGACCAGCAGCGGGAGGCCUACGUUCAGGGCGUUUUGACCAGGACCAAAGAGUUAGAGACGCAGUUAAAUGAAGCAAAUCAAGCCCUCCAACAACAGCACAAAGAAGCCAGUUCAGAUUGCACACAGCGUGAGCUGGAGGCCGAGCGCACACGAGUCAGCCGAGUCCAGACAGAACUGGAGGAUCUGAGAGGAAGAUAUGAGGAGAAGAGCAGGGAAGCGGCUCAGGCGCGGGAGGAGAGGAAGCGUGAGCGGGAGGCUCUGCAGGAGGAGAGGAAGUGUUCAUCAGAGCAAAGCGCUCGACUGCAGGCAGAGCUGGAGGAGGAGAGGAGGAGGGUGGCCGAGCUCCUCAUGCAGGUGAAUCUACUGCAGAAAUCCCUGAUGAAUCAGCAGGAGGAGAAGAAAAGAGUCACCGUUUUGGAACAACAGAUCCAGUUGUCGGCUAAAGAAUCUGAAAGUGAUAAACUGGACCGUCAAUCUCUACAGCACCAGCUGCAGAAAGUUUUGAAAGAGCUUCGUAAGGCCAGAGACCAGAUUACACGCCUGGAGACUGCCAAACAGAGAGAGUCUCGCUUCUCUGAGCCCAGCUCCUAUAACAGGACUGUUCAAGAUCACACCACGUCUCCAUCUAAAGUCCAUAACGUACUAGAUGAGAGUAUCCUGGAGUGUCCGAACUGUGGCGCUUCAUAUCCCACCAGCCAGCACCGAGAGCUGCUAGCCCACCUGGACUACUGCUUCAGCUAAGACACACGCUUCUCAAACACUUUGUGUGUAAACUUCAUUGUUUAGGACGCUUUUUGACUUUUUAUUGUAGCCACCAUUCCAAAGAAAUAUUUCAGUAUUUUUAUUUUUUUUGAAGUAGUGUCAGAUUUUUUCAACAAAUUUGAAGGAACUAUAAUAUUCUUAAAGGGACUGGUUUACAUGGGGCAUAUUUAAAAAAUAUUUAAAUUUUAUCAAUGUUAUUUUUUUUUUCUUAGUCGUCUUUUGGUGAUGAGGUUGAUCUUUUAUUUGUAGUCUUCUCACGUAGAAUAAAAUAAAGCAAUAUUUAGCAUAUUCAGUUUUUUUUUUUCUAUCAAUGUUGUACCAGAAAAAAAAGGUUAUUUAUAGUCCUUCAUGAAUUGUGUACUCCACUUGAAUGAAUGAAUAAAUGGAAAAAGACA